UGCAGCUGUAAGCAUCCACUCGCUUCCUGUAUGAAUACGCCAAUUUGCGGUUAACUUUGCAUUUUAAACAGACAAGUUUGAAAGAUGUCUGAGGAGAAUAAAGCUCUGCAUACCGUAGCCUCUGGUAUCAAUCAGUUUUCGACGAAUUUUUACAAGGCAUUGGCAGGAGAUGAAAGUUCUAACUUCAUCUGCUCGCCGAUCAGUGUGUCGAUGGUGUUAUCGAUGGUCACCUUUGGGGCUCACGGAAACACCGAGAAAGAACUGAGAAAUGCCUUGAGAUUAUCCGAAGAUGAUCAAGUUAACAAGAACGGCUUUCAAUCGCUUGUUGACACUCUGAAUGCUGUCGAGAAAGUGGAGCUUCGUUUGGCCAACAAAAUUUACUUCAAUGUAGGAUUCGACGUGAAGACAGAAUUUAAAGAGCUGACGGAAAAAACAUUCCGAUCUGUGUCGGAAGUUAUCGAUUUUGGAAAAUCUGCAGAAGCUGCUGGGACUAUUAAUAGUUGGUGUGGAGAAGAGACUAAUAAUUUCAUAAAAGACGUUGUUAAACCAGCUGAUUUAUGUGACUCGCAAAUCGUUCUGAUAAAUGCGGUGUACUUUAGAGGCGAGUGGAAGUGGAAAUUUGAUCCUAAGUAUACAGAACCCGAGCCGUUUCAUAUUGAUGAGAAUACUGUUAAGGACGUGCCGAUGAUGCGGAAAAAAGCCAGAUAUAACUACAACGAGCUGCCUGAUCUUGACGCUAAAAUUAUCGAGCUUCUUUAUAAAAGCAGUGAUGGAAACCAUCCUGUCACGAUGUUUAUUAUCUUACCCAAUGAGGUCAAUAGUACUAAUAAAAUCGAGGUCAAUUUACAUGAUGUUAACUUCAAGGAUUUACAUAAAAAUGCUGGAGAUCAUAUGAGAGAGUGCGAAUUACAACUUCCUAGGUUCAAAGUCGAGAGCACGUUGAAUUUAAAAAAUAUUUUGACGAAAUUGGGUUUGAACGGAAUUUUUGAACCGUCUGCAAACUUUAGUGGAAUUUCCGAGUCGUCACAAUUAAGCGUCAGUAAAGUGAUACAAAAAACUAUUUUAGAAGUUGACGAAUUAGGAAGUGUUGCCGCUUCAGUAACUGCAUUGUUAAUGCCAAAGAAAGGAUGCUUGAUGGAACCCACACCGUUCAUCGUAAACAGACCAUUUGUGUGUGUAAUAGUCGCCACAGAAACUGGGACACCACUUUUCAAUGCCCGUAUCAUCGAUCCGACUGCUGGAUAAAUGAAGACUGACGAUAAAUAAUUCACGGCUUAACUUCAAUCUAACAUAAGCUUUUAAACUAUUUCUGAAUAAUUACACAACAUUGCGCGCGAGUCAUUGACCUCUGUAUUGACUAACCUUCAGACGACGAAGACUCAUUCAUAAAAAAAAAAAAAUAAAAUAAAUAAAUAAAGUAUAUAUCUAAAACCCUAUUGAGUAAUUUAGCUUUAAAAGUACACGAUAAUUACAUCGAUGAUUCAACGCGGAAAUCCUUAGAUUAAGAUUGUAUUACUCAUGUGAUAAAAAUAACCAUUGUAUUUAUUUAGAGUGUUGUUGAAUAUGUAACUCUGCUUAUAAUUUUCAAAUAAUUGAUAUAAUAUAUAAAAUGUUUAAAAAACAAUGAAAUAACCCACUUAAGUUAGCAGCAGAUAAAAUAAAUAAAAAUAAAUGACUGAGCUAAAUUAAAAGAAUUAUUGUGAAAAUUUCCUACGAAGUUUUUUUUUUUAUUAAAUAUACCUUUAAAAUUAAUUUAACGAUAAACAAGAUUAAAAUUAGAAGAUUACACGGUAUCUCGAAGAUUAAUAUUUUAGCAAAAAGUCGAGUGAGCAUAAUCGAGAAUACAAAUAAACAUAAAAAUAAAUAACCAUCACGUGACUUUGCGUCAUCGCGCAAUAGUCUAGUAGCAGGCGUUGUCUUCGCUAUACUCACGAAAAGGCGCCAGUUCGUCGCAUUUACUCGCAGAGAGACCUUCUAUUCAAUCGAUCGCGAGUCUACGUUUAACUAGCAUACCACAGUUUACGUUGAGCAUUUAUUCACGACAGAAAUCCAUUCGCAAUGACUACACCUGUGAACGAGGCUUUACGCACC